AUGACGGUCGCUAUCAACUCGGGGGUACCUGACCCUUGGGUAUUGCGUUUUGACGGUACUUGUCGUCGCAAUCCAGGGUCAGGUGGGGCCGGUGCGGCGCUUUUUGCGCCUAGCGACACGGUGGUGUGGACAUGUUUACACUACCUCCCCUCCAGCAGUGAAAACAAUAACACUGCGGAGUAUACAGCACUGCUUGUGGGGUGGCAGGGGGCAGUACACCAUGGUGCCACGCGACUGCUUGUCGACGACGACAUCAACCUCGUGCUUGCACAGGUGCGUGACUCCUUUGUGUGCACCAACCGAAGGCUUUGUCGGCUGCGCGGUCGUAUGCGCGACGAGCUGCGACGCCUCGACUGGCAUCGGAUCACGCACAUCGGCCGCCAAGCUAACGCCCAAGCUGACCGUCUCGCCAACCGCGCGCUGGAUCUCGGCCACACCGUCGUUGAGUGUGGUCCGCAUUCCGACGACGUGCUUGGCUGUUCCCGGCCGCUUCCUCCUACGCCUUCGGUACCUUCUGCCUCGCCUACCCCCGCAGGUUCUGUCUACCCGACUUUGCCCAUAGGGCCUGGCUCGGCUCCUGCACGUCAACCUCGGCUCCGAUUGCGACCGUUGAGCGAGGAGGAGCAGGAGACCGCGGCUGAUGCUUUCCAAGCAGUUGUGGAGGGUGUGGCCAGCCGAAUCGUCGACGCGAGCAGUUGGGGGAUGGGCGAAGGGACAGCUCGAGACGCGCGGCGGCGCCGAUGCCCGCCCCGUGUGACCCAAUACGCCCGCGAGGCUCGCCUGGAUGAAGCCUUGGAUGAUAUGCAGGCUAACCAGGGUGCAGCCCCGGCAGAUCAACGUGCCGUGCGUAAAGCACGCCGACGGUUUGGAAGGGUGCGGGCGUCCAUGGCCCAACACACCUUGCGCCAAGAGUUCUCUAAGGAUAAGGCCAAGUGUGUGUCGAAGAUCCUGGCUGGCGCUUCGCCGUGCCCACCGAAGCGCCAGCCAGGUUCUUCGAACACACUUGGCUCAUCCUUAGAGAACUCUUGGCGCAAGGUGUGUUGGGCCAUGGACGCCCGCACCCUUCCAAACCGUCGGCGUGAUUACUCACGGACGUUGAUCUUCCAGGGCUGCACCCUGGAAUUUUGUGCAGUCCUGGCCAGCUUUGGUCCGGCCGUGAUGGAGGCGGAUGCUCUGGAUGGGGAGCUGGCAAUGGAUGAAGUUGAAGACCAGCUCCUCCGCGCUGCCAAGGCAUCCAGCUCCGGCCACGAUGGCAUUGGGCGGAUGACCUUUAAGGUCUUCUGUGAUAGUGCUGACGGAAUCCGCCGCUGUCAUGGCGUGGUCAUGCGCUUCUUGGCAUGGAACGGGCUACGAGCGAAUCCGGCCAAGUAUGCUAGCUUGGCCGUGACACAAAACGCUCGUGGCAACCUUGGCUCGUGA